AUGGACGGUUAUCAAAAUGGUGGCGUCAGCUCGCAGCAAUUACGCCUGGCCAUCUGUGGCACUGCAAACCGCCUCACAGAAAGGACUCGCGACAUAGGCUUGCGAGACCUUCAUGAUGUUGUGCGAGAGUGCAUGGAGGAUGCGUGUGAGGCAACAAGACAUCAGGCAGAGGACGAUUACGUUGGAAUUUUUGUCGGAUUUUCGGAAAAGGACACAGAGAAGCAGGGCUCUGGCGAGACUGAGCCCAUCAAUUGUUUGGCAAGGAAGCUUGGCAUCCAAGGACCCUCCAUUGCGGUCAUGUCCGAGUUCUCGUCGGGAUUGAUUGCAUUGCAUGAAGCGUGUUAUGCCAUCUCAAUGGGUAUGGCCACGUCGGCUAUUGUCGCUUGUGCAGAACCUCCCCUUCUCACGGCAUCUGUUGAACAAGAUGCCAUUUCUGUGCUCUACUUGAAGCCGUUGGAUGCUGCUCGGCGGGAUGGAAACCCCGUUCGCGCAGUGAUUCGUGCAGCAGAGACCGACUACUAUAGCUCAUUUCAUGAAGCCGAGCUACCAACAGAGCGUAUGUAUGAGACUCUUAUCCGAAGAGCCUAUGAAAAGGCUGGAUUAGACCCUGGACGCACCGUCACUGUCCAACAAACUGUUGCGCCAUCUACUGCAGUUGCUGAGCCCGAAAAGGUCGCAUUGCAAAGUGUAUUUGGCCUCGAGCGUAUCACCACUGAGCAGCAGAAGGACCAGCCGGCCAUUGGUAUUGGUAUGGCAGUCCUAGAAUCUCAACCGGCCGCUUCUCGGCCACCAGGUGAGCCUCGGCAUGACUCUAGCCCGGAAAGGUUCAGCAUGAUUUCUCCAGAUAAUGUGAGCCAUAUUCUGCGACAAGCUAGGGCGCAAUGUCAACUCCUGGGAGAUUACAAGGUUGAGGACAUAUAUCCUUGCACCUCAUUACAAGAAAGCUUUAUGGCUAUGGGCGAAGAGCAGCCCGGCUCCUAUGUCCAUCGUUGGGUAUACAAGCUGCCCUCUGGUAUACGCUCGGACCGACUCAGGGAAGCAUGGGAUGUGGUGAUCGAACAAAACAGCAUUUUGCGUUCCCGGAUCAUCAUUUUUCAAGAUCAAGCUCUUCAAGUUGUCAUCGCCGAUGAUGUUUCAUGGGAGAAGCCUGCCACAAACUUGAGUGUUCAUGCAUAUGUCAACCAGGUACGGUCAUUGAAUAUGACGUAUGGAAGUCGUCUCAACCGAUAUGCGAUUAUACAGGAAGAUGACGGAAGCUCACACUUUAUUUGGAUUGCCCAUCACGCCAUGUUCGACAUCUCGUCCAUGCAGACGAUACUUAAUUCUCUACAUCGAGCCUACCAUGGUAGCGAUCCAGGACCAAGCAUCCCGUAUACGAACUUUAUCCGUUAUACUCAGUCACUCAAUGCUGAAGGUGCAAGGAGCUACUGGAGAAAUGAACUUGAGGGGGCAAUACGAUCACAAUAUCCUCAUUUCAGCCCCACGAAGACAUCAAAGCUCUCAGUUCGGAGGAAAAGGAUAUCGAUGUCGUUUCGGGGUGGAACGGAAUCCCGCUUUAAGCAGCCGACGAUUCUGUACGCAGCGUGGGCAAUGGUGCUCUCUCAGUACUGUGAUUCUUCUGAUGUAACUUUUGGGACAGCAAUCACUGGAGAAAAAGCUUCCGCCUUCGGCUUGAGCGAUGUGUCUGGACCAACUACUGUUGAAAUUCCCAUCCGACUUCUUGUUGACGCGAAGCAAUCCGUUUCAGAAUUUCUCGAAUGCGUGCAAUCAAAGGUAUCGGGAGCGGAUGCGUUCGAGCAAUUUGGACUGCAAAAUAUUGCUAAAAUCAGUCAAGAUGCGAAGGAAGCCUGCAACUUCUCUAAUAUUCUGGUAAUGCAGCCCGAAAACUGCUCGUCCAUGGCCGCUCUGACCGGGGACGACGCCGUUCUGCAUCAUGGGCGAGACGAGAUUGAGCUUUCCGAAGAAAGUUUGAACAGUUACUUCAAGUACCCCCUCGUCAUGCAUCCUCGUCUGAGAAACAACCAGUUUCAGAUGGAUUUUAUCUAUUACUCUGAUCUUGUGUCGGAAACACAAUUGGAAGGAAUAUACUAUCACAUGGAGCACGUUAUGAAGCAGCUUGUUCGACCUAUCGAUUGUCCUCUAGGCGAUAUUCAAGUUUCGGGACCGUGGGAUAUUUCUUUCGCCUGCAACAGCAACCAAGAAAAACCGGAGGUGGUUGAUAGAUGCAUCCACGAAAUGUUCGAGCAGCAGGUGGAGCUUGGCGGGGAGAGAGUAGCCAUCGAUGCCUGGGACUUGACAUUAACGUACAGGGAAUUGAACGGUGCAGCUAAUAGGUUGGCCCAUCGUUUGCAGAAUCGUCAUGGAAUCAAGCCUGGAGAUUUGGUGCAUGUAUGCUUUGAGAAGUCUGCAUGGUUCUUUGUAUCUGUGCUGGCUGCGAAUAAGGCAGGGGCCGGCUGGGUCCCUCUGGAUUCUUCGCAUCCUCUUGAACGUCUUGAAAAGCUUGUCAGCCAGUCAAAAGCCACGAUAGCGUUAUCUUCGCCCAACAAUGUUGCCAUCUGCACGAAGUUGAUGGGAGAGAGUGUGCUGGAGGUCAGCCAGAGCCUGGAUAAAGAACUGAAGGCUAGCGAGUCUAGUUCGAACGGGUGUGCCAUUGUAUCACCGAACGAGGUUGCGUAUGUGAUUUUCACUUCAGGAACUACGGGAAUGCCGAAAGGCGUUGUGAUUCAACAUAGAGCGUUCUGCACUAGCCAAACGGACUGGGUUAGAAAGUCAGGACUGAGCCCUGAAGAUCGAUUACUGCAAUUCAGUUCAUUUGUCUUUGACAUGAUGAUUGGAGAGACUUUUGCAUCCCUGAUAAAUGGAACAUGUCUUUGUGUGCCAUCGGAAGAGGACCGUCUCAAUCGCCUGGCAGAUUAUAUACAGGAGAAAUCAGUUACAUGGACUUAUCAGACCCCCUCAGUCUUACGGACUCUGGAUCCCAACGAUGUGCCUGGCUUACGGACCUUGGUCAUCAUAGGUGAGGCAAUCAGUCAAGAUCUUGUCGAACAGUGGUUUGGCAAAGUCAGGCUUCUUGGGGCGUGGGGACCAGCGGAAGCAUGUUGUAUUGCCGCAUUGCAGGAGUGGACGGCGCCGCAUGAGUCUUCAAAAUGUCUUGGCCGCACUGUUGGUGGGCACAAUUGGCUUGUCGAUCCCAAUGAUGCAAGUCAAUUGGCGCCGAUUGGAGCUAUUGGCGAAGUUGUCAUUCAAAGUCCAACGCUUCUUAAGGAGUAUUUGCAUGAUAAAGUCAAGACAGAUUCGAGUAUUGUCCAGUCGCUACCGCGUUGGGUGCCGGAUUCCUCCUCUGCAAAUUGGAGCCGCUGGUAUAAGACUGGUGAUCUUUGCCGUUACAAUCCUGAUGGGACAUUUGACUUCGUAUCUCGAAAGGACACCCAAGUUAAGAUCAAUGGCAUGAGGGUUGAGCUUGAGGAAAUUGAGCGCAAUAUUCGAGACCACCUCCACGACGUUUGCCAAGUCGUUGUGGAUAUCAUAAGAACCCAGGCUGGUUUGAACGUCGUGGCCUACCUCUGCUUUACGGAUGCCAGGAAAUCUGGUAAUUUUUCCGCCACUGACAUCUUCGAGCUUCCUUCCGAGGAGAAUGACGCUUUAGCGGCUGGAUUGGUCACGAAAUUAGGUGUCAGACUACCACGCUAUAUGAUUCCGACUUGCUUUCUUCACUGUCGCUUUAUGCCAUAUAAUACAUCUCUGAAAGCGGAUAGGAAAAGGCUGAAGCAGUUGGUUUCGGAAUUAGACAGGUCCGCCAUCACCCGUUAUUCGCGUGUCAAUACUAAGAAGAUCAUGCCGGAGACGGAGAUGGAGCGUUGUCUACAGGUGCUCUGGGCCCAGGUGUUGCAACUACCACAGGAGGCUAUUGGCCGAGACGACGGCUUCCUUGAAAUAGGAGGUGAUUCCAUUUCUGCCAUCAAAUUAAUCAGUGCUUGCCGAAAGGAAGGCAUCGGACUACUGACCAAGGAUGUCCUUGACAGUCCUUCUCUAUCUUCAGUUGCCAUAAAGGCCGUUAGCCUCAAGCAGGGAACGUCGACUGAACCGACCCCAAUCAGGCCAUUCAGUCUUCUCGGGCAAGAUGCCAUUCACAAGGUUCAAAGUGAGGAAAUGAGGGAAUUCUGUGGCUUUUCUGAGGAUCAGCUGAUUGAGGAUGCCUUCCCAUGCUCAUCCAUGCAGGAAGGUCUAAUGGCAGUCUCAGUGAGACAACCAGGUUCUUACGUUACCAAGUUUGCGUUCAGAAUUCCCGAAUAUGUGGACAUCGAUUUGAUGAAAGCGGCCUGGGAGAAUGCUGUUCGACAAUGUCCAAACAUGCGCUCUCGAAUUGUCCUUGUUGACGGGGAAAGCAUUCAAUUGGUGGUCAAAGAAGACACUGCAUGGGAGCACCAUGCUGCAAUUGAUCCAGCCACGUAUAUUAGCCAGCAAAACUUUGAAUAUAUGGGGUAUGGAACAUCCUUGUCGAAAAACACGAUCCUAAGUUGCAAGAAUGGUAUAUACUUUGUUUGGAUGGCCCAUCAUACUUUCCAUGACGGCUGGUCGGUUAACAUUCUCCUUGACACGUUCGAGAAGACGUAUCUGGGAUUGAAGUUGGAUCCUCUGGCGGAAUACCCUCUUUUCAUUAAGUACACCCGGGAAGUCGAUGGAGUGGCCGCUGGAGAAUAUUGGUCACAGAAGUUAAAGGGAAGCAAGAGAAUGACAUUCCUACCCCACAGCCACAAGUCGUCUCGCGAUCCUCGAAUGCACAGUCAUUUGAUCAACCUGAAAGGCUCUCUGAGAGGAUCAAUAACCAACGCAAGCAUCAUUAGGGCCGCUUGGGCCUUGGUUAUAGGCCGGUAUGAGGACACUGGCGAUGUCUGCUUUGGAGCAACUGUUUCUGGCCGACAAGCGCCAGUUCCAGGGAUUGACAGUAUGCCUGGACCUACGAUCGCAACCGUUCCCGUCCGGUAUCAUCUUGAUCACAGUGAGAAGAUUUUGUCUUUUCUUCAUACGGUUCAAAAGGACGGCCUGGACACUGUUCCCCACGAACAAGCCGGCCUGCAAAACAUCUCGAAACUUGGAGAAGACGCACAAGCCGCGACCGACUUCCGCACACUGUUGGUUAUUCAGCCAACUAUCAAGAAAAGUGACAGAGAAUCCGGUGGCCAAUCAGUACUGUUGGAAGGAAGCGAAGAACGUGAAAUCCGACACCAGUCCAUGGGCAAUUACUUUGAGUAUCCUCUUGUGCUCGUUAGUAACGUGUACGAGGAUGAGAUUGAUCAGCGAUUUUUUUAUGACGGUAACGUCAUAUCCGACGAAAGAAUUGUUGCCAUAUCAAAUCAUCUUGACUAUGCUAUUCAGCAACUUCUGACGAAGCCAGAUGAAUAUCUUCUCGGAGAUGUGUCCUUGGUUAGUUCGUGGGAUCUGCAGCACGCGGUCAACUCGCAAAAGCUCUGCGACUCUACUCACUCUUGCACCCAUUGGCUCAUCAAGGAGCAAAUUGAAGCCCGACCCUCCGACCUAGCUGUCGCAGCUUGGGAUGGGGAUUUGACAUACAAGCAGCUUGGCAUCUAUAGUGCUCGACUGGCAGUUAAGUUACAGGCACUUGGCGUGGGGCCGGAAGUUCUUGUUCCAUUUUGCUUCCCUAAGUCCGUAUGGGCGAUUGUUACGAUGGUAGCUAUUCAAAUGGCUGGUGGUGCAUUUGUGCCGCUCGAUCCCGCAGCACCAAUUACACGUCUCCAGAAUAUUGUCAAGGGCACUGGUGCGAGCCUCGUCGUUGGACCACCGUCAAAUCGGCAGAUUUUGGAUGAGCUGCAUUCCCGUGUUCUCCUUGUGGACAAAGAGACCAUCCUUGAGCUCCCUGAUCCCGAGCAGCCAGUCUCAUGCACCACGCAGCCAGAAAAUGCAAGCUUUAUUAUCUUCACAUCUGGAUCGACUGGUACGCCCAAGGGUAUUGUGAUUCAACACGAUCAGGUUUGCACCUCGUUCUGCAGCGGGCACAUACAGAAGCUUGCAAUAGGGCCCGGAACCCGCGUGUUCCAAUUCGCUGCUUAUACUUUUGACAUGGGCAUUUACGAUGUGUUGGGAAGCUUGAGCAAAGGAGCAUGUAUUUGCGUGCCAACUGACCACGACAGGUUAUAUGACCUAGCAGCCUCUAUUCGCUCUUUUAAGGCAAAUUUCUUGAGCUGUACCCCCACAGUGGCCAAUCUCUUGCAUCCUGACGAGGUUCCUCUACUCGAAGUGAUUGUUCUCGCUGGAGAAGCCAUCACUAUGAAAACGUCGGACCGCUGGAAAGAUCAUGUGCAUCUCAACGGGCUGUACGGACCAGCAGAAGGCAACUGCUGCGCCUAUAACACUCUCGUUGGAGAAAAUGGAAGGCCCUUUGACAUAGGAGUUCCAUUAGCCAGCGCACUCUGGGUGGUUGACCCGGAAAAUAUCAAGGAGUUGGUCCCUGUUGGCUGCGUGGGUGAACUCUUGAUCCAAGGCCCGAUGCUUGCGCGUGGCUAUAUAAACGUGUCCGCUGAACAAGCGUCUAAUUGGGUUGAGAACGUUGACUGGCUCCCAGGUGGUGAAAUGAGUCACCGUCGAGCAUACAAGACUGGUGAUCUAGUUCGUCGUAAUGCAAAUGGUACUUAUGACUACCUUGGUCGUAAGGAUACCCAGGUCAAAAUACGCGGUCAAAGAGUUGAGCUUGGAGAGAUUGAAAGCUUAAUUUACAAUUUCCUCCGGAAGGAGAUGAGCGCCAUCGUUGAGAUUGUUCGAAGAGAAGGCGAAGAUUUUGCCGAUCUAUUCGCUUUGAUUUGGUAUACAGAUAGUUCAGAGGUGAUAACACAAGGCCCAGCCAGGUUGUUAGACUUCGUGUCCCCAGAGACCCAGUCUCUGAUAUCGUCGCUCAACAACUCUCUAGAAAGAUUACUGCCUUCGUAUGCUAUGCCGUCAUCGUAUUUAGUGUUUCAAGGUACACCCUCCACGACGACUUCAGGAAAGGUCGAUAGAAAGUCAUUCGCAGCCCUCGCUGCCUCUGUUUCACCCCAAGACCGCCUGCGAUUUUCCCCCGAAGUGUUGAAAAGUGAGCCACCGACUACGAAGAUGGAAUUCAGGCUACGAGAUUUAUGGGGUCAAAUUCUUAGGAUUAACAGCGAGGAUAUUGGGAAGUACGAUAGCUUCUUGCGCCUUGGAGGAGACUCCAUCAAUGCCAUCAAACUUGUGUCACUCGCAAGACAGCAGGGUCUUCUCAUCGAUGUUUCGGCAAUCUUCCGAGAGCCACAACUUGCCUCGAUGUCUGAACGGAUAACUCAAGCAGACAAACCAGUGGCCAUCAAUGUAGGGCCCUUUGGUAUGGUACCAAGUAUUCAAAGAGAGAAGCUUCUCUCUGAGAUACAGAUUGGCUGUGGCCUUUCAUCAUCUUCCUUAAUUCAGGAUGCAUAUCCUUGUACGAAGUUACAGGAGGGCCUCAUGGCUUUAACUCUCAGAAAGCCUGGAUCGUACAUCGCCCGGUAUAUGUUCAAGCUGGCACCGGAAGUCGACUUGGUUCGAUUCCGUACAGCUCUCCAAAAGACCACUGAGGUCUGCACCAACUUGCGGACAAGAAUAAUUGAAAUUGGCAACGUGGCAGUCCAGGCCGUCAUUAAGGACGAUUUCCACUGGGAAGUGUUUCAAGAAAACAUGGAUCUCAAAGGCAUGGUCAAGGCUACGAACGAUAUCAAGAUGACAUAUGGUUCAGCGCUUAACUACUACCGAGUUGCCCACGACGGCAAAGGGAACCGUUACUUCCUUUGGCUUAGCCAUCACACAACCUUUGAUGGCUGGACCCUUCGCGUUGUGAUGAAUGCUUUGGCACAGCUCUAUCAGAAUAGCCUCGCCCUGACCGAUGCUCGACCUUAUGCGGAAUUCAUCUCCUACACAUUGAGCAUAAACGACGAAGCAGCAGAAUCAUUUUGGACAAAAGAGUUGGAGGGCGCUCGUGCAUCGCCCUUCCCAGCGAGCCACCAGUCUGCAUCUGGAAGUUCCAAGAUUUAUACAACAUCUAUCUCUUUGCCAAAGCUUCGUUCUAGCUCGAUUACAAAAGCGACGGUCCUUCGAGCAGCAUGGGCAAUAAUGUUGACUAGAUAUAGCGGGACUGACGAUGCCACAUUUGGCGCGACUGUUUCUGGCAGAAGCGCUCCCAUUGAGGGCGUUGAGAAUAUCUCGGGAGCGAUGAUAGCCACGGUGCCUGUGUAUGUCAAGCUGAGACCGGACGUUUCAGUGAAGGAGUUUUUGACUCAAAUUCAGAACCAGGCGGCUGAUAUGAUGGCUUACGAGCAGUUUGGUCUCCAGAGAAUUUCAAAGAUCAAUGAAAACACUAAGGAGGCAUGCAAUUUCUCAAGUUUGAUCGUCGUUCAGACAGGUGAGACAUCUGGACAUAUCUCUAGCGACCAGAUCCUGGUACCAGUGUCAAGUGACGAGGUGGUGGAUGAUUGGCUUGAAGGGUACUUUACCUACCCUCUGGUUAUGGAGAGCAUCCUGCUUGAAGAUGAUAAGAUCGACGUUUCGUUGACAUACGAUACUACCUGUCUACAUCAUGCUCAGAUCGAAGCAAUGUCGUGCCACUUCGAGCAGGUGGCUUCGGAGCUUAUUCGUGAUACCGAAAAGCUAGUGAAAGACAUCACCAUGACUAGUCCUUGGGAUGUCCAAACGGCGAUAGCUCGCAAUCCAUCACCAGUCAUCACUGACACCUGUGUACAUCAUAUUGUUGAGGAGCAUGGGAGGAGUCGGCCGGAUUCGCCCGCCGUGUAUGCCUGGGAUGGACAACUCACCUACUCUGAACUUGACAAGGCAGCGAACCGCCUUGCAAUGUAUUUGAUCAAUGUUUACAAGGUUCAGGUGGGAGAUGUGGUCCACGUGUGCUUUGAUAAAAGCAUGUGGUACUUUGUUGCCAUCCUCGCCAUCAACAAGGCUGGUGCAGCAUUCGCGCCCAUCGACCCGGCGCAUCCAAAGCAGCGUAAGCAGUAUAUGGUACAGAAAACUGGAUCAACUGUGAUGCUCGUAUCAGCCGAACAUGCCACCAUGUCGCAGGAAAUCGUGCAGCAUGUUAUCGUCGUCAGUGCAUCAUUAGAUGCCAGCAUCGAUACGUGCGAAUGUCCCAAUACGGCCGUUACGCCGAAUGACGUUGCAUAUAUCUUGUUCACAUCUGGCACCACUGGGGUGCCUAAAGGGUAUGUUAUGGAACAUCGGUCGGUGCAUAUAUCCCAUCGCCCGAUUACGGAAGUGACCAAGGUGAACUCUGAGUCGAGGAUUCUGCAGUUCAGUAACUUCGUGUUUGAUUUCUCUACCGGUGAAAUCUUCCAAAGCUUUAUGAAUGGAAGCUGCAUUUGCGUUCCAUCAGAGGAAGCACGACUGAACAAUAUACAGGCAUUCAUUCGUGAAGCUCAAGUUGAUACCUUACUGAUUAGUCCAGCCUUCGCUCGCACGCUGAAGCCUGAGGAUGUGCCCUCCGUUACGCUUCUCGGACUUGGAGGAGAACAAGUACCGCACGAUCUUCUGAAAAUUUGGUUUGGAAAGGUGCGCCUGAUUAAUAUGUAUGGCCCUGGAGAAAUCUGCUUCGCUUGCGCGUUUCAUGAAUAUCAGUCCGUUGACGACUCACCGGCCACCAUUGGCCAUGCGGUUGGAUCGUCUUGCUGGAUUGUCGACCCGAACAACCAUAAACAAUUAGCACCUAUUGGUACGGUGGGGGAGAUUUUGAUUCAGAGCCCCUCAGUGAUCCGUGAAUACCUUGCAGACGAGGCCAAGACCAAAGCUACGAUUAUUGAUGAUUCCCUUCCUUGGACUUCAAACGUUCAUCGCUCCUUCAAAUCUGGGGACCUUGCUUUCUAUAACGCAGACGGUGCGCUGGAGUUUGUGAGCAGAAAGGAUACCCAGGUGAAAAUCCGUGGUCUGAGGGUAGAGUUGGGCGAGAUUGAACAAAACAUAAUGUCUUUGCUGAACGGGGUGGCACAAGUUGUCGUGGACGUCUACCGCGCCGAAGAGGCGGUCCAUCUGGUUGCUUAUUUCUCCUUUUCCGAGUCGAGACAAAUGCUUGACUCUGGAGGCCUAGUUUUACAGAGCAUGUUUUCGGUCAUCACGCCAGAUGUUCAUCAGAUGCUGCAGCAGUUGGUCGGGAAACUUCGCAUCGUUUUACCAAAGUAUAUGAUUCCGACGAUGUACAUCCCUUGUACGUUCAUGCCGAUUGGACAUUCCUCCAAGCUUGACCGCAACGCGUUGCAGGCGUCCACGAAAGAACUGAGCCGUGAGCAACUUCAUCUUUACUCACUUGUCAACUCGACAAAGAGGGUACCCGAGACAGAGAUGGAAAUUCGCUUGCAAAGUCUGUGGUCUUCCAUCCUUAGGAUACCAGCGGAAUCUAUUGGCCGCGAUGACAGCUUCUUACAAAUCGGCGGAGACUCGAUCUCUGCCAUCCACCUUGUCAACGCAGCCAGAGAGCAGGGAAUCGGUCUCACCGUGAAAAAUAUUUUUGACGACCCGAGGCUUCUUAUUGUGGCUGCUGCUGCGAUCGAGAUUAUUCCAGAUGAGGAAGAGCGUGGUGAUAUCCAGCCAUUCAGUCUCCUGCCAGGGUCUCUUCAAGAAGACUGGGAACUGCACUGUCGGGAAGCAUGUGGGCUGGAUAGUUGCGACGUGAUUGAAAACGCUAUGCCAGUGACUGCGUUCCAGGAGGGCCUCAUGGCCCUCGCCGUAAAGCAACCCGGCUCUUACAUCGCACGAUGGAUCUACAAACUCGCCGAUAGCACCGACAUUGAUCUCUUUCAAGCCGCUUGGGAUAAAACAGUCCAUAUAUGCUCAAACUUCCGAACCCGUAUUGUCAACGUUUCUGGGACAACUUUACAAUUGGUGAUACAGGACGACACUACCUGGGAGCGAACGGAAGGUAUGGAGUUGACUGACUUCGUCCAACAAAUGAAGGGGUUGAAGAUGAGUCUCGGAUCGCGUUUGAACCGGUGGGCCUUAGUAAAAGAGUCUACCGGGGAUUGUUACUUUGUUCUCGUAACGCAUCAUGCAACAUAUGAUGGUUGGGCACUGCAACUGGCCUUGAGAACACUAGCACAAUCCUACUUUCAAACUGGACAAGUAAAUAUCAAACCUUUCGACUACUUCGUUCGUCACAUGCUCAGAUUAAACCGCGAAGCUGCAAAGGCGUUCUGGCUGGCGCAGCUCGAGGGCGCUCAGCGAGCUGUCUUCCCGCCAGUCAAACACGGAUAUGAAGCCAAGACUACUAACGUGAUGGCGAAGACGAUUGACUUACCUCCCUCUACACAUGAUUCAAUCACCAACGCGACUAUUAUGAGAGCUGCUUGGGCGUUGGUUCUAGCAAAGUACUGCGACGCAGAUGAUGUUUGCUUUGGCACUUCGAUAUCCGGCCGGCAAGCUGCCGUGCCCGGUAUAAGUGAUAUAUCUGGUCCGGUUGUGACGACUGUACCAGUCCGGAUUCGGGUGAAUCCAGCGCAGCAAGCAAGUGAGUUCUUGCGGGACGUGCAACAACAGGCUGUCGAGAUAUUCGAAUACGAACAGUACGGCCUACAGAACAUCCUGAAGUUGGGUGACUCCGUUCGCGACGCCUGCAACUUCUCUAGUUUACUUGCUGUUCAGCCAUCGGAGAAGAUGGCAGAGAUGGGGAACAUGGCGCAGUCCAUAUUUGCUUCGUCUGGUGGUGACAAGCAGGCCUCGGGUUCCUUGGAAGGAUAUUUCAGUUACCCACUUGUGGUUCAAACUAUCAUUUCAGACACGUUGAUUCAGCUGCAUGUCAGUUAUGACAUCAACGUCGUUGGAGAGCACAAGGUCACGGCUUUGACUAAUCAUCUUGAGCACACGAUCAAGAGUCUUGUUAGCGACUGCGACCAACGCCUCGACCAAAUCUCCAUAGCUGGCCGUUGGGAUCUGGAGCUGGCCAUGAAAUUCAAUUCCGAGGUCCCUGAGAUCGUUGAAGACACGUUCCAUUCUCGACUGUCUAAACAGGCUCGAGAGCAACCUGACGCUAUCGCCAUCCAAUCUGGAGACGCUACUCUGACUUUCAAAGAACUUGAUACUGGAGCGGACAAUUUGGCAUGGCAUUUGGUUACAGCCUUUAAAGUCCAGAGGGGCGAUCUGGUUCACGUCUUAUUCGAAAAGACCAUUUGGUAUUUCAUUGCAAUUUUGGCUAUUAAUAAAGCCGGGGCCGCCUGGGUACCCCUGGAUCCUUCCCAUCCUGUUCAGCGUCACCGACAGGUAUUGUCUCAAACUCGAUCAAAGUUGAUCUUAACGUCUCCUCGGCUUGCUGGGCUAGCUGCACAACUUCUUGGUCAAGUACUGCAGGUCGACCCGCAGCUUAUCUCUGCCCUCGAACAAUCUCACCCACAUGUUGAUAUUUUGCAGGGCAUUGCUGGUCCGAGUGAUAUAGCAUAUGUUCUCUUCACCUCAGGCAGCACUGGCGUCCCCAAGGGAUUCGUGAUGCAGCACCGUGCGCUCUGCACGAGCCAAAGGGCAGUUCAGAAGAGGAUUGGCCCUCGUCCGGGUAUCAAGGUCCUGCAAUUUGCUUCAUUUGUCUUUGAUUUUUUCAUCGGUGAAACUGUGGAUUCUCUUAUGGCAGGUGCAACCAUCUGCAUCCCUUCAGAAGAUGUUCGAAUGAAUAGUUUAGUCGAAUUUAUCCGCCGAACGGAAGUUAACUGGUUAUUCUUAACGCCAUCCUUCGCUCGAACAAUCAGUCCCGAGUCCGUACCAUCAGUGGAGCUAUUGAUUCUCGGAGGUGAAGCUGUCGGACGAGACCUAUUUGAGACCUGGGUCGGUAAGACUCGUGUUAUAAACGCUUGGGGUCCGGCCGAAGCCUGCUGUUUCGGCUCUAUGCAUGAGUGGACGAGCUUAGAUGAAUCGCCUCUUACUAUUGGUAAGCCGAUCGGAGGCCAUUGCUGGAUUGUAGACCCAGAUAAUCACCAUAAGCUUGCCCCUGUCGGGACCCUUGGAGAAGUCGUCAUUCAGGGCCCUACUCUACUCCGAGAAUAUCUUAGGGACCCCGAGCGAACUGGAGAAGCUGUCUCUUGUGACAUCCCCCACUGGAUGCCAAAUGCCGACAAACCUCAUUGGGGACGAUUUUAUAAGACUGGUGACCUCUGUUACCUCAAUGAGCAGGGGCUCUUGGAAUUCUACAGCCGUAAAGACACUCAAGUCAAGAUCAGAGGGCUCCGUAUUGAAUUGGGUGAGGUGGAACACCAGAUUCUAACCAACAUGCCUAGUGUCCGGCAAAUCGCUGUGGAUGUCUUCCGCAAUGCUACCGGUGCCCAUCUUUGUGCAUAUCUUUGCCCAACAAUGGCAAAUAAUAUCGAGAAGCCACGCGGUGAGGAAUUGUUUCAACCUCUGGAUACCGAUACGAAGACAGACUAUUUCGUCUUGUCCAAGAAAUUGAGAACGCUUUUGCCCCCAUAUAUGGUACCGACCUUCUUCAUUUCCUGUUCCUAUAUGCCCUUUAUUACGACCUCGAAGCUCGACCGCAAACGUCUGCGGGCCGAAACCGAGAAACUUACUCAGGUUCAAAUGGCCCAGUAUGCUCUGCAAGAUGUUCAGAAGCGAGCUCCAGAAACCUCAACCGAGAUCUUACUGCAACAAAUCUGGGCAGAUGUGCUACAAGUUUCCACCGAAUCUAUCGGCCGAGACGACAGCUUUCUCGCCAUCGGUGGAGAUUCUAUUACAGCAAUCAGCGUCGUAACAGCUGCUCGAGAUAAAGGGUUUUCUCUAAAGGUAGACAAUAUCUUCAAAUCCCCACAACUGCAUGAGCUCGCCCUCCAAACUUCAUGCAUUACCGAACCUGAGGCGGAGGCAUUCCCAGUUCAGCCAUUUGAGCUCCUCACUGUAAAUGAGCGUGAUCUAGUUACUGGUGGUAGCUUUCACAAGCAGUAUGACUGGCCGGCCGACUAUGAAAUCGAAGAUGCGUAUCCUUGUUCGCCACUGCAGGAAGGGCUCAUAGCUCUUGCUGAGAAACAGAUCGGCUCGUACAUCACGAAAUAUGUCUUUCGUAUAUCUAAGUCGAUCUGCUUGAAGCGUUUCAAGACCGCCUGGGAAAAUACCGUGCAGCUCAACGGCAAUCUGCGGACUAGAAUUGUUGCUUCCCCAGACCGCUCUAUCCAGGUCUUAAGCACAAAUGACAUGUGCUGGGAGGAUACCAAAGGCUUAAGCUUGCCUACCUUCCUAAAAAGGACACAGAAAUAUGAAAUGAGUUUCGGAUCUAGGCUCAAUCGCUUCGCGAUUAUCACUGACCCAGAUGGAACUGCUUAUUUCAGUUGGAUUGCCCAUCACUCUGUUCUGGAUGGAGGAUGCUUCAAUCUCAAUUUCACCACCCUAUAUAACAGCUACUGGAAUCGAGCUCCUGUCAAUAUUUCUCCUUUUAGCGGUUUUAUCAACUACAUCCUUAAUCUUGAUCUUCAACUGGCUACUGAAUUCUGGAGGGAACAACUCAAGGGAGCCAGCCGUCCUUCUUUCCCCCAGGCGGCCGUGUACGAUUCAAAGCCGACUUUCAAAUACCUCCGGUAUGAAAUUGCAACGCCAAAGGUUGCUGGCAAUACAAUCACCGUUGCGAAUAUAUUAAGGGCAGCCUGGUCUAUUGUCAUGGCCCGUCACUGCAAUAGUGACGAUAUUUGUUUUGGUGCAACUUUAUCCGGCCGAAAUGCAUCUGUCACUGGGCUUCAGAAUAUGCCAGGCCCCUCGAUUGCAACUAUCCCUGUGCGUAUUCGGCUAGAUUUUGAGUCCACGGUCCAGGACUUCCUAGAUUCUAUACAAAAUCAAGCUACAGAUAUGACGCCGUUUGAGCAGUUUGGUCUUCAGAAUAUCUCAAAAGUCAGCGAGAGCGCAAGAGAGGCCUGCCAGUUCCCGACUUUGAUGGUUCUUCGACCUCUACAGCUAUUUGAGAUUGCUACCGACGAGAGCAUUUUGGAGUUUGGAAAAGAUACAGAGUAUGUCGACCAAGAAAUGGAGAACUAUUUCAACUAUCCGCUCCUGUUUGAGGCCGACUUUAGUCAAGAUUUGGCCAAAGUUCGCAUUGGGUAUAACGUAGACGUGAUUUCAUCCACCAUGGCUGAAGCUAUCUCGCACCAAGUCGAUUGUGUUGUACAUCAGCUGAUAUCACGCAGCUCGUCCCAAAAGCUCUCAACUAUUUCUAUGGUUGGGACAUGGGACAAGGAGCAUGCAGUCCGACAUCAAAAUAUGCAAGCAUCAACAGAUCUUUGUAUCCACGAAAUGAUCCAGAAACAGAUGCACAAGACUCCCGAUCUGCAAGCCAUUGUAUCUUGGGAUGGCGAUAUGACAUAUAGCGAGGUUCAGCACUAUUCUACACUUCUUGCGGGCAAGCUGCAAUCUCUGGGAGUUGGACCUGAGGUAUUUGUUCCAAUCUGCUUCCCAAAGUCGAUCUGGGCGGUUAUAUCGAUGAUUGCUGUGAACAUGGCAGGUGGUGCAUUCGUUCCUCUUGACUUCAGCGCGCCGGUUCCCCGUUUGAAAAGCAUUCUGCAAGAUACACAUGCCACCUUAGUGCUAACAGGAGAUUCCUGUCUUGAGGUGGCCAGUUCCCUCGAUGUCCCCAUGUACUGCAUCGACCGCAAGUUCAUCGACAAGCUUCCACGGACUCCCGUUGUCCCUCUUGCGAAAUAUACAAAUGCAAGUUUUGUUAUGUUUACGUCCGGGUCCACCGGUAGACCAAAGGGCAUGGUUUUCGAACACCGCAACACGUGUUCCACAUCGACCAGCCACGGUACCAUUCAAGGAUGGGGACCUGGUACCCGGGUCUUCUCUUAUUCUGCCUAUACAUUUGAUAUUGGCGUGAUAGAUGUCAUGGUUUCCUUAUCCCGUGGUGCUUGUCUAUGUAUCCCAUCCGAAUGGCAGCGAUAUAAUGAUAUUCAUGGAGCAAUUAAUACCAUGAAAGCAAACUGGACAUUCCUCACGCCAACCCUUGCUACUUUGGUCAAACCAGCUGAGAUUCCUACUAUCAAAGAUGUUGGCCUCGGAGGAGAGAAUGUAACCAAACAGGUGGUAGAUAAUUGGAGGGGAUAUGCGACCCUCCACAACUUGUAUGGCCCGGCGGAGGCGUCUAUCUGCGGAUGGAUUGCGGAUGUCGGAAUUAUUUCAAAGCCUAACAACAUCGGCGUUCCGUCUUCAUGCGCCUGGUGGGUCGUCGAUCCAAACGACUAUCGCCAGCUUAUCCCUGUUGGGUGUAUUGGUGAGCUUAUGAUUCAAGGCCCCAUGAUGGCUCGCGGCUACAUUGGCGUCGACGAGCAAACAAAUCAAGCAUGGCUACCCAAUGCCGAUUGGCUCCCGGGAUCUGCGGGUGCUGAGAAGGCUUAUUUGACCGGAGACCUGGUGAGGCGUCUCGAGGACGGAACGUUUGAAUAUCUUGGGCGUAAAGACACACAAGUCAAGCUUCACGGGCAACGUGUCGAGCUUGGUGAGAUUGAAAUGCGUCUUAGUGAGAAUCUUCCACGAGACAUGGGCUGCAUUGUGGACACGGUUAUCAACGAAGAUCAGUCAAACACUUUGGUAGCCCUAAUGUGGUAUACUGAAGGACCUGAAUCGGCUGCUGAGAAGUUACAAGUUCUUGAAAACGUUUCAGACGGAAUGCGCAAGCUCAUCAAUAACUUGGAGUCAUCUCUCAGCGAAUCCCUUCCAACAUACAUGGUGCCCAGCAUUUAUCUUAUAUUUAAAGGUGGUCCUGAGAGGAAGAGCUCGGGAAAGAUCGAUAGACGCAAGUUGUGUGCUAUUGUCAAAGAUAUCUCGAUCAAAGACAGGCUCAGAUUUUCACCAGUUAAAGGCACCGGCGAUCAGCCAGAAACUGAUAAUGAACGCAAACUCCGUGAUCUCUGGUCACAGGUCCUGCAUGUAGAUGCUAACGACAUUGGUCGUCAUGAUAACUUCCUCAGAGCGGGCGGAGAUUCUAUAAGUGCCAUUAGGUUGGUUACACUUGCUCAAGAGAACGGACUUAGUCUUGAUGUUGGAACGAUCUUCCGGGAUCCAAGAUUGUCCGCGAUGGCGGCUACCCUUCAGGGGGCGAGUAUAAAAACCGAAAAAGAUCCUGAGCGUUUCAGCCUGCUUGCGAAGCACUUCCCUGUCAGCAUGGCUGUUCCAGAAGCCGCUAAGCAAUGCAAGAUGCGCAACUUCCGACAGAUCGAAGACAUCUAUCCUUGUACACCGUUCCAGAGUGGCCUCAUUGCGCUCACCAUGAAGCAGCCGAAAUCGUAUAUAGCCAAACACGACUUCCCCCUCUCAAGUAAGAUCGAUAUCGGACUCUUCAAAGAGUCUUGGGAACGUACUGUUCAAGUUUGUGCCAACUUGCGAUCCAGGAUCGUUCAGGUUCAAGGCACGGAUUUACUAGUUGUGAUCAAGGACAAGGUCGCAUGGGAGAACACAUCCUUAGAUGUGAUCAGUAUGACUUAUGGGAGCCCGCUUAACAGAUUUGUUCUGCGGCAAGAUCAAGAAGGCGCUUACCAUUUCACCUGGUUCGUCCAUCACUCGGUGUUUGACGGGUGGACAAUUCGCCUGGUCAUGGAUACAUUCUACCGCAUGUAUCGCAACGAGAAGCUUCCUCAAGUCAGGUCAUACUCUUCCUUCAUCGCAUACACCCUUCAGACCAGCGAUGAAGCCAAUAACAAUUUCUGGGAGAACCAGCUGAAGGGUGCUCAGAGAGCAUCUUUCCCACCGAAGCCAUCAGGAUCUUCCCAAAGAACAAGAGUUUUCCAGAAAUGCCUCUCCAUCUCAGAGUCUCAGCGGAGCUCGGUUACCCGGGCUACCGCGAUUCGAGCCGCCUGGGCAAUCCUUCUGGCUCAAUACUGCAGAACUGAAGAUGUAACAUUCGCGGCAACUGUCGCGGGACGCAAUGCACCCGUUGCAGGCAUUGAAAAUAUCCCAGGCACGAUGAUCACAACCGUUCCCGUAAGAAUCCGUCUUGACCGUCAGAAGACUAUCCACCAAUUCCUAGAAUCCGUACAGUCACAAGCAAUUGAAAUGAUAGCUUAUGAACAGUAUGGGCUAUCAAACAUCGCCAAAGUCAGCUCUGACGCCAGAGAGGCUUGUGACUGCUCGAGUUUGACAGUUGUGCAGCCGGUUCAGCGCCUGGAUUACACCCAGUCUGAUAAUGAGGAACUUAUGCUUCCUGUGAAUGAGGACGUCAACAACGAAGAUUGGUUGCAAGGAUACUUCACGUACCCCCUGGUCAUGCAGGGUGCUCUGGAUGAAGAUAAAAUAGAAUUAUAUCUUAUCUACAACACGGAGGUUCUGCAAUCAGCACAGAUUGAAGCAAUUUAUCACCAAUUCGAACAGGUUCUCUCCGAGCUCCUCACUGACAAUAAGGACAAGCUUCUGUCCGAUAUCUGUAUGGCUUCUCCUUGGGACUUACAAAUUGCAACGAGCCGAAACCCGAAGCCUGAGGUUUUCGAUGCUUGUAUUCAUGACAUUAUUGACUGCCACGCGAAACAAAAUCCUCAUUCGCCCGCUAUUCACGCUUGGGAUGGCACUUUUUCAUACAAGGAACUCGCGGAUGCGUCCGAUCGUUUUGCCCAACACCUCAUCGAUACUUAUAACAUCCAAGUUGGCGAUGUUGUUCACGUCUGUUUGGAGAAGUCUAAGUGGUAUUUUGUUGCUAUUCUUGCAAUUAAUAAAACCGGUGCCGCUUUCUCUCCCCUUGAUCCUGAGCAUCCGUUUGAACGCAGGAAGACCAUUGUUCAGAAAACAAAGUCAAAAUUAAUGAUUGUGUCAGCAACUCAUGCCAACGUGUCUGCCAAUUUAGUGCAAAAUAUCGUGGAGCUUACCCCUGAUCUUGAUUUCCAGCUAUCUCGACUUAAUAUGGAAUUUGAGGGGCCGCUGAGGCCGGUGACACCUGCUGAUAUGGCCUAUGUUCUCUUUACGUCUGGAAGUACGGGUAUGCCGAAGGGAUUUGUCAUCGAGCAUCGAGCCUUGAGUUCUGCGCAACAAGCAAUCUGCAAGCGCGUCGGAAUCAACGCUGGGGCUCGGAUUCUCCAAUUCGCAAAUUUCGUCUUUGACUUCUCGAUCGGCGAGAUCUUUAUGGCCCUUUUCUCAGGGGCCUGCGUCUGUGUUCCAUCUGAGGAAGCACGGUUCAAUAACGCGGCUGCCUUCAUUCAGGAAGCCAGAGUUAGCCAUGCUUUCGUCAGUCCCUCCUUCGCUCUAACACUAACGCCGGAGCAAGUGCCUGCCUUGAAAGUACUGUUUUUGGCUGGUGAAGCCGUACCCCAGCAUCUUCUGAGCCAAUGGUAUGGGAAAGUGCGGCUUUUCAAUGGCUGGGGCCCUGGAGAGACCUGUGUCGCUAGUUCUCUCUAUGAAUACUCCUCAUCUAAUGAUUUGUCUGAUACAAUAGGAACAUCGAUGGGCGCUGCUUGUUGGAUUGUUAACCCUGAAAAUCCAAACCAACUCGCCCCGAUAGGAACUGUCGGAGAGAUAUUAAUCCAAGGACCUACUGUUCUGCGCGAAUAUCUUGCAGACGAGGAGAAGUCUAAAGAAACUAUCAUUACGAAUCUCCCAUCCUGGGUCCCCCACAGGGAGACCCCACGCAUGGACAGAGCCUUCCUCAGCGGUGACCUUGCAUGUUACAAGCCUGAUGGAAUGAUGCAGUUCAUUAGCCGCAAGGGAACACAGAUCAAAAUCCGGGGUCUUCGAGUUGAACUUGGUGAAAUCGAGAACAAUAUCCUAACCGCCUCCAAAGUAAUAGCUCAGGUUGCUGUGGACGUACUAGACAAUUCCAAGACAUCAUCGAAAGAGAUAGUUGCAUACUUCUCCGAUUCUGAAUCCAGGAAAUUGUGCACAAGUCAAGAGGUUACCGCUGAGAACAUGUUCCACACCAUAUCUGAGCAACGCAAAUCCCAGCUGUUGGAGCUAGUAGGUACACUCAAGCUUCAUCUCCCGGCAUAUAUGAUUCCUUCCAUCUUCAUACCUUGUAGCUUUUUCCCGGUCGGCAUCUCUUCCAAACUCGACCGCAAAACUCUGAGAACAUGUGCAUCUGCUUUGUCCGAGGAGCAGCGUCAACAUUACUCUCUGGUGGACGCGGAAAAAAGGCCACCACAAACACUCAUGGAAACCCGCAUGCAAGCUUUGUGGGGUUCCCUCUUGAAUCGGUCAAUUGACAGCAUUGGCCGCGAUGAUAGCUUCCUCCAGAUUGGCGGCGACUCCAUUAUCGCAAUUCGCCUGGUUGCUACCGCCCGAGAAGCUGGCAUUGAACUUACAGUUCAAACGGUCUUCAAAGACCCUCGUCUCUUUAUGGUAGCUGCAGCAGCUAUUCUUGUCGUUUAA